CACAAUGCUGCCUGGUAAACAGACAUGGAAGCACCUGGUGAAGACCUCCACAGUCAGUGAACACUGCAUUCGCUCUUUUCACGAUCUCCAAUUUAAAAUAUAUGUCACAAUCAACCGACUUUAUUCUGCUAGUGGCUGUUUUUCCAUCUCUUACGUCCAGGGCAUUGUCCCCAGAUUACCCUUUCAGAUUGUGUGGCAGAACCUUGACAUCCAAACUGAUGAGGAUCUACUGAUUUCACAAAGUGAAUUCCCUUUUUCUCCUGUUGAUAAGCGGAAAGAAUGUCGGAAAGGGCCGAUGAUGACGUCAGGGGGGAGCAGCGCAAAGCGGCCAGGCAGCUAAAGCAGCAGCAGCUCCAGCGGGGAGAAGCCUCCACAGCAAUGGCGACUGGUGCGGAGCGUAGAUCCCUGCCUAGUCCUGAAAUCAUGCUGGGACAGCCUUGGAGCAGCUGGGUCGAUGCUGUCAAACUGCACGGGAGCGACGAUUCGGAGGAAAGUUUGAAAGAGUGCGGGAAAAAUCGAGAAGCCAUGCGGCUCUGCAGAGACGACAUGCCCAUAUUCGGUCAGUGCCCGGCGCAGGACGACUUCUACCUGGUCAUGUGCAGCCACUGCAGUCAGGUGGUGAAGCCCCAGGCCUUCCAAGCACACUACGAGAGAAGACACAGCUCGUCCAGCAAGCCCUCGUCGUCGCUGGCGCCCUCAGCUGCCUACGCCAUGUCCACGCCACCGCACAGGAGUCGGGGCAGCGGAGGAGGGGGCGUCAGCGGUGCCGUCGCCGGGCGCCCAUCUAUGGGCAACAGCACGUCGUCGUCCUCCUCAUCCUCUUCCUCCAACUCCAAAACGAACAAAUCAGCCAAAGAGUUUUCCGGUCACGGGAGACCCCCAUUCUUCCCCAAGGUGCAAGACAAAAUCAUGACCCCUGCCGCUGGCAAAGUGGACAAGGUGGACUCCUGGAAGGUGAAGGUGGAGCCCUCUGCCAACAAGAUGGGCCACGCACCCGCCUCCUCCUCCACCACUGUGAGCUCCCCCAUGAAGCCAGGCCUUAGCUGCCCGUCCAUACCAAAGCCUCCCAUGCUCGCUCCCGGGCAGAUCCCCAACGGGAAGGGACACCUCUCCUUGCCGGACAAGAAGCAGGACAACAACAGUGCCAGUAGCAAGCGACCGCAGUACAAGAGGCCCCUACAAGAGCGUGAGUUCAACCCAGACAUCCACUGUGGGGUCGUGGACUUGCCUGCCAGGAAGCCAUGCACAAGAUCCUUAACAUGCAAGACACAUUCCUUAAGCCAGAGGAGGGCCGUGCCGGGCCGGGGGAAGCGCUUCGACACGCUGCUGGCUGAGCACAAGAGCAAGGCCAGGGAGAAGGAGCUCCAGCACAGGUCCGACCUCCCCCCGCAAACCCCCCCUCUCAGGGACCCUCAUCCUCCCCCCUCCUCCCGCCUUUUACAAGACCCCCACCAGGUCUCCCAUGGCAACGGCACCACCGAUGCCACCAAGCCUUCGCUCCUCAGCAAACCCAAACCUCACAAUCCUGGUCUUCCACGACUGAACAGCAGUAGCUCUCACAGUGGGGGCUUGGUCCAGGGGGACCUCGGCUCGGUCCACGAACCGCCCCACCACCCGGCGGCCGCCAUCGACGGCCAGACGCGCCUGUCCAGCGACGAGGGCGAGGCAGAGGAGCGCGAGGAUGCCCAGGAUAAGCUGGACUGCCACUAUUCAGGUUACCACCCGCGGCCGGCAGCUUACUGCACCUUUGGGAGCCGCCUCUACGGGAGGAGCUGUCACUCGUUUGACCGACGCUGGGACCGAGUGCGCUGUGCGUUCAACGUGAUGAUGGACAAGCACGUCAACUCUCAGAUGUGGAAGAAAAUUCCGCUAGCGCUGGAGAACUCGUUGGCCCACAGGACAAGCACAAACUCCUCCUCCUCCUCCGCCUCGUCGUCAGUGUCCGCUGCCCCCCGCAGUGUCUCCCCGUCGCAUUCGGGCUUCCGUAGCCCCUCCCCCGCCCCUCCGGCCCCGCCUCCCCCGGCCUACGGGCAGUCGCACGACAGUGGCAGCAGCAGCGGCAAGCCUGCCCUCUCCUACGGCACGACCUUAAACGCCCGCACCGCCACGGCCGGCGCCCAGGGCUCGGCCGAGCACCCCGCCUACGGCACGCAGUCCCGACAAGUGUCUUCGUCGCCCCAGAUGCCUUCGCCCCACCACCUGUCGCCGGUCUCGGGCCGGUCACUCAAGCAGCCUCGGACCAGCGGCAGCAGCAAGUCCUCCUUCAGGCUCAAGGAGUCGCCGUCUGCCAGCCUGGCCCACUCCACCAACACCAACACCGCCCACUCCACCAACACCGCCUCCUCCACCACCAACAGCAGCAGCAGCAGUGGCGGCAGCAUCAGCAGCAGUGGCGGCAGCAUCAGUCUGGGAAAGAAGCGGAAGAACAGCUCCCUGCUUAUGUCCUACACCACCGAGGCCAGCCCUUCCUCCUCCUCCUCUUCGUCGUCGCCCUUCAAGAGGAACUGCGUGGUGGGCUCGUCGGGGAGCUCGUUUCAUGCCUCGCCUGCCUCUUCCAACCCUUCCUCCACGACCACCUCCUCGUCCUCCUCACACACCGGUGUCUACACUGUAGGGCUGAACUGCACCCCGGGCCGGACGAGCGGGCUGAGUCUGAGGCACGAGCCGUCGGCCCGCGGGCCGCCCUCCGCUAGCCCAGCCGAGUCCAUCAAGCGCAUGAGCGUGGUGAUGAACAGCAGCGACUCCACACUCUCGCUCGGGCCCUUCGUCCACCAGGGCGGCGACGGUGGCCAGCAGCAGCAUGGCACUUUCGGCCACCCCGACGCCCGCCUGGAGGGUAAGAAACGCAAGGGCUCUCCAGCCACUGGCUCCAUCAACAGCAGCUCAGGAGGGCUAACUGGAGGCCAGGGCCCGGGAAGGCCCAAGGUGACCAAGUCUCCAUCGGUCAACAACAUCCACAGCAAGCACGCACGUACCAUACCCAGCACACCAGGCCUCUCCAACAACUCCCUCAUACAUCAGCCAAAGGCUCGUCCCUGACAUUGGUGACCAGGGCUGGACUGUGUCUGACGGCGAGACGGAACUAGAGGACGAGGCCUUUCUGAUGCGCUACUCUCGGCUUCCCAUGAUCCUCAGGGGUUGAACAACUUCUUGGAUGGUCCGGUGACAUCAUGGGUAAAGGUCCUCUUAAAGCCAUGUGGGUUUCAAAGACUGUGGGGGCCAUGUGGAGCGUGAUUGUGGGGGAGAAGGUGGG